AUGAGCUCCACAGCAACGGCCACGGCCUCAACCUCGACUUCCCUUACCUCGACCCUCCCGCUGCCUUCAGUGCCGCCGUCAACCGCAACAUCAACAUACGCCAGUACCACACGACACACAUUAUCGCGUCGCCCGGGACGCCGCGGCAUCGUCACAGCGUCGACGCCAAACCUCAACCAGCUGUACACGGCACACGCAGCAUCAUCAGCAACGCCAUCCACAUUGAUACGAGCAGCAUCGCCCGCCUUAUCCGUAUACUCGGCGUUUCCCGCUCCCAGCAACGCCAACGCCAACGCCAGCUCUCUCAACACCACCACGUCGUCCUCACACGCUCCCUCGCACUCCUCGCGCCUGGCGCCGCCGGCGCUCUCGCGUAAGGGCUCCUACGCCGCCCUUACCCCCUCGACGCUGGCAGCCAUCCCCGAUGACUCGGACACGUACCCCAUCAAGUCUGUGCUGACCAGCGACAUGCCCACUCCCAUCUCCCCGGCCGCUGGAGCUGGCGGCCGCUAUUCCGCCGUCGGUGCUGGGGCGUCGGCCGCCGAUGACCCCGUCACCAUUGGCGACACUGUCGAGGUGCCCGGCAACAUGUUGGGCACUGUCCGCUUUAUCGGCCCUGUCACGGGCCGCAAGGGCAUCUUUUGCGGUGUCGAGCUGCACCCCGAGUUUGCCUCGCGCGGCAAGAAUAGCGGUGACGUUGAUGGUGUCUACUACUUUACCACGGCACAGCCCGGCUCGGGCAUCUUCCUGCCGCUGUCCAAGGCCAUCAAGCGGGAUCCACCGCCCGUCGCGCCCGCGACCUCAUACCCCAUCAGCCCAACAGGCGGUGGCUUGAAGGCAUCCGGUAUCGCUUCCAAGUUCAGCCAGUCCCUGGGGCCCGGCCGCUCGCAGAGCCCGAUCGGCAAGAAAGUCCGUCCCUCAGGCGGCCUGCAACGCCCUGAAUCACCCGUUCGCCGACUUACCUCGCCGGCCCCCUCGCGUCCCUCGAUAACUACGGCCCCGAAGGCCACUCCGACGCCGUCCCGCUUCGGUAGCCCGACCUCGACCAGCAAGUUCAGCCAGAGCGUCCGCAGCUCGGCAGGAGAUCCCAACAAGCGUGUUACCCCAAGUCAUACACGCAAGGGAAGCAUGAGCAUCGGUCCGCGGAGCGCCUCAGUGCUGGGAACAGUAUCACAGCCGAGUCUUACCGACGACGAGGGCACACCGCGCGGGUCGAACGGCGGGUAUGGCGGGCCGUCGUCGUUCGCCCUCAAGGUUAGGCCUGCCUCGAGGUCGACGUCGCAGGCCGGUACCCACACGACCGCCGAAGACGAGAUCGAGCGGCUCCGCGCCGAGCUGGAAGACCGCGACCGUCAACUUAGAGAACAGGCCCAGACGCUGGCCGAGAUGGAAGCCAGUCUUAACGAGCUGCAAGGCAUCAUCGAGAACUCGGAGGGCCCUCCGGUCCAGCAGCGUCGCAACAGCCUCGACGACAAGGACGUCAGCCAGCUGAAAGCGCUGAUUCGCGAGAAGAACGACAAGAUCGCCAUGCUGACGGCCGAAUUCGACGCGCAUCGUGCCGACUUCCGCAGCACGAUUGACACGCUCGAGAUGGCCAGCGCCGAGACGGAGCGUGUCUACGAGAAGCGGAUCGAGGAGCUGAUGGAAGAGAUCCGCGAACUCCAGGAGAGGACCGCGGAUGUGGAUACCGUCGCGGCGCAGCUCAAGCAGUUGGAGGAGUUGGUCCAGGAGCUGGAGGAGGGUCUGGAGGACGCCCGGCGCGGCGAGGCCGAGGCCCGUGGUGAGGUCGAGUUCCUCCGGGGUGAGGUUGAGCGAACGCGCGCCGAGCUCCGGCGAGAGCGCGAGAAAGCUUCCGUCGCCGGCAACGGGUCCGUGUCCAAGGAGCUGGAGCAGAAAGAGGAUGAGAUCAGGGGCCUCAAAGCCAUCAUCCACUCUCUCAGUCGCGACUCGGUGCCGGGCGGGGAAGGGGCUGAUCGCGCGCUGGCGCAGAAUGCGGCUGGCCAGAGCGCGUCGAUCGAUGAUCGCCUUGCGAGGGAGAGGCUGGAACGGGAGGUUGCUGAGCUGCGCGCGCUUCUGGAGAGUAAGACUGCCCGCGAGGAGGAGCUCGAACGCGAGCUGGAGCAGCUGCGGCGUGGUCAGGCCGCAAGGCAUGAGCGUGACCGCUCCUCGAUCCGUGACUCCCGUGCUACGGUCGUUGGGCCCUCCUCCUCAUCCCAGGAGGGCGGCACCAGUGCCCAGGCCGCAGGCCGCGCGGGUAGCAAGGCCAACGCCAACGGCGGGCUUGACACCCUCGAGAGCGACACCUACAGCACUGCCACCGAUCAUAGCACGCUCUGGUGCGAGAUCUGCGAGACCUCCGGCCACGACAUCCUCUCUUGCACGAACGUUUUUGGCGACAAGGGCCCGCAGCGCGCGGCGCUGGACAAGCAGGAUGCUACCUCCUUCUCCAGCAAUAGGGAUACGCUUACCUUGCCGGUCCGUACCCGUGGCGGAGCGUCCAGCACGGCGGGCGACUCGGACACGCUCGGGAUCGAGGAUGAUCCCUCUGCUAAGCCUGCCCCGCUGUCCCCCAUGCGUCCGGCUGCGGCUAAGCCGGCCUCAUCCACGGCCGGAAGCUCCAGUGCCGCGGGCACCGGGCUCAGGCAGCUGCCCAACCCUCAUGACAAUGGGCCCGUGGCGGGCAAGGAGUCGGGGGUUGUGGAUGCGAGCAAGUGGUGCGCUCUGUGUGAGCGUGAUGGGCAUGACAGUGUGGACUGCCCGUUUGAGGACGCCUUUUGA